UACCUAAAAGUAUAGUUUUCUUGUUUGUGUAGUUUUUAUGGUUACUGAAUAGUAUAAAAGUUAACCACAAACAUAGGAGCACUAAUUCGACUGCAGCUCAUGUUUCCACCCGGACGUAUUUUGGAGUGGCCCACAGCACGAUGGCAACAUGUUCGCCAAGCACCGGUGAUGUUGAUGAAACAAAUGAUCCCGGAGCGGCUCCAUACGGAAACUUUAUAAACUAUUACACCUUCAACCCUCCGGAGAACCGCUUGAGUCUGAUCCCAGCCACAUUACUGCAAGAUUUAGGUUACAGCGACGGACGCCAGACCACUCUGAUCCUGGACGUGGGCUGCAACUCAGGGGAACUGAGUGUAGCUUUUUACAAGCAUCUGGUGCCGGAGCCAGUGUGCCAUGAGGAGUCAGACAGGAGGAAAGUGAAUCUCCUGGGUUUUGACUUGGAUGAGAUCCUGAUCGAGCGGGCUCAGCAGAACAACCCUCUGCCUGGCAGCAUCUCCUUCAUCCCGCUGGACGUCACCAAAGACACCGACCAGCUGCAGGCGCACCUCAGCCAGCACGGCUGCUCCCACUUCCACCUGUGUCUGUGCCUGGCUGUCACCAUGUGGGUCCACCUGAACCACGGAGACACCGGCCUGCUGCAGCUGCUCUCCCGCCUGGCCUCCAUCAGCCAGCACCUCCUGCUGGAGGCGCAGCCCUGGAAGUGCUACCGAUCAGCGGCCCGGCGGCUGAGGAAGCUGGGCCGCUCAGACUUUGAUCAUUUUAAGUCGCUGAAGAUCCGUGGAGACGUGGCGCAACACGCCAGGGAGCAUCUGGAGAGACACUGUGGCAUGGAGCUGGUCCAGAGCUUCGGGAGCACCACGUGGGACCGCAAGCUGCUGCUCUUCAAACGGAGAUGAUGAGUUUUUGUCUGCUGCCACAAAAAACAUCACCAGGAGAACAAAGGCACCAAACAAGGACAAACUUUUAAUUGAUUAUUUUUUUUGUUUGUCACUCAACAAUGCCAAAUAUUCUCUAGUUCUUUAUAAAUGCUUUUUUGUUUUGUUUUGUGUUCUGACAAAACAAGCAAACUGAGGAAGUUUUAAACCUCUAGAAAUAUUUUGUGAACGUAAAUAUUAAAAAAAGAAAACAUGUA